CCCCGGAUCCCGUAAUGGCACAGCGGCAUUUUGAGGCCGAGGUUCGGAUCGUUGUGGGGAGGCUUUUCUCCCAACCUAUGUGGUCUUCACGAGUUCUUUCUUUAAUUUUACUGCCAUACUGAUUAUUCGAUAUGCAAUUCCGUUGGAGUUUUUUAUUCAUCUUAUCAAUCACUUUGCCCCCUUGCUCCGCAAUUCAGGCCGGGGCUGGCCCUUGCUCAACACCCUGGUUGACACCGAAGCAGCUCACGUCUCCGCGUCCCCGCGUGAUCUUGGGAUGCCUGACUCGAAGAAGCGAGAGCAGGAAGAAGUCAUUCAUGGGCAGAGUAAACAAAUCAAUCAUGCCGGCAAAGCACCGAAGAUGGUCGGCCGUUGAGCCAAAUUGGGCAGCUGGGGGGUUCGAGGAAUAUGAACCGUCCCUAGUCAUCAUGUCAUGUGAAAGGAGGGGAAGAGAAACUGACAAUCGACCGAUCGACAGGCACGGGGAAACAAGCUUAAACGGCCGACUGCCAUCAGACGGAUGAUUAAGGGGCAUCCUGUAGCCCUGUGAUGUAGAUAUCCUGGGUCUCGCGUGCCUGGUAAUAUGUACCUCAAUCGACACUCGCAUAUGCCAGGGCGUACAUCAUUCACAUUCGUUUUGCAUACACUAAGUUCCCCAAGCUUUCUACGGCAGUCUGACAUCCACCUAUAAAGGUGCUGACUCCCA